UAACAAGUAUCCAAGUAUCCUCGUUCGCCUUAGCUGUUACUACGAUACCCCCAGGGCUCGUUGAGCCAACAUGGCCAGCGACAACCCAUCACCCGAGGACAAGCUGCGGUACGAUGCCGCGAAGAAGGAGCUCCUGCAGGCCCUCUCAAAGCGGCGGAACGUAGACAAACAGCUGUCCCACCUAGAGGUGCAGAUAUACAACCUCGAGGCGUCGUACCUGACGGACAGCGCGGCGCACAGUGGCGGGAACAUCCUCCACGGCUUCGAGGGUUACCUGAAGAACCCGACCGGAGGGCGGAAGAAGUACGAGAUCCACGACAACGACCGUAUGUUCUCGAACAGCAGCACGACGUACAAGAAGUCGCUCGAGCUCUCCGGCGAAGGCGAAGAGUCAGGACCCGGGGAUGACUCGCGAAUGUCGACCCCCGGUCUCACAACAGUGAUUGUCCCUCCUGCUCCGCGGAAUCAGGAGCUCACCGCCGCGCAGCAGAAGAAGAAUAGGGAUCGCGAAUACCAGAGAAAGAAGCGGGCGAGUGCGCGCGCGACGGCCACCCCCAUGAGCGAGGAUGACAGCCAGAGCGUCGCUUCGUCAGGACGGAGGCCGACGAAGAGGGCGCGUCUGGCGGACGACGACUAGCACGGUGCAGCUGAGUCGCGAUGGCGUGGUCGUCGUCGCACAGACACCUGUACGCUGCCGGGACCGCUACUUACUAUGGGUAUGUGAUGAUGACCUGUGGUUUGGGACUGUUGUAGGAUUAUCCGACUAUGCUGUA